AUGGGUAGUUAUUCAGAAGCCCACAUUUGCCAAUGCCUGAACCGGCUGAUGACUCACCGGCGAAACUCCACGGUGAUGAUUAACAUAACGGGCCCCAACGGCGAGACGAGUCGGAAAACCGGCAUGCAGUUUGCGGAGGGAGUCGUGAGGUUGGCCCGUGGGCUUACCCAGCUCGGGCUUAGGCCCGGUCACGUCGUCGCCAUUGCUGCUCUCAACAGUGAUUCAUACUUGGAGUGGCUACUGGCCAUUACAUGUGUUGGAGGAAUUGCAGCCCCUUUCAACUAUCGAUGGAGCUUGGAAGAAGCAAAGCAGGCUGCGAAUGAAGUGAAGCCGGUGUUGUUGGUGACCGACACGACUUGUGAUUAUUGGCAUUCCAAAUUGGGAGCUGAGAUCAAAUGGCAUGUUUCCAUGAAUACUGUGGAUUUCAACACUAACCUUCAUGGGUCAGGAAUGAAAUGGUCGAAUUCGGGUUGUCUGAAUCCUCCUACUCUUUUCUGGGCACCUCGGAAUGCAGCUCUACUCUGCUUCACUUCAGGAACCUCUGGAAAGCCUAAGGCUGCUGUCAUAAGCCAUUCGGCUUUGGUUGUGCAAUCCCUCGCGAAACUAGCACUUGCCGGCUACAGCGAAGAUGAUGUUUAUUUGCACACGGCUCCAUUGUGCCACAUUGGGGGUUUGUCAUCAGCUUUGGCAAUGUUGAUGGCUGGGGCUUGCCAUGUUAUUCUACCCAAAUUUGAAGUUAAAGCGGCAAUCAAAGCCAUAGAGGAUCACCACAUUACCGCUUUGAUCACUGUGCCAACUAUGAUGGCUGAUUUAAUCGCCUCUACUAGGUCAACAACAACAUCUUCAAAACAAUUUGAGAAGGUGAAGAAGAUACUAAAUGGAGGUGGAGGUCUUUCACCUGUGCUAAUUGAAAAUUGUAUUAAACUUUUCCCAAGAGCUAAACUCAUGACAGCUUAUGGGAUGACAGAAGCAUGCUCUUCUUUGACAUUCAUGACUCUCUAUGACCCGACCAUUGGGAGUUACACUCAGCAUUCUCAGAUGAUCAAGGGCAGAAAUGCGCGCUUAGUCGAGGAAGGUGGCGUCUGCGUAGGGAAGCCCGCUCCACAUGUUGAGGUAAAGAUCAGCUACGACGGUUCUGCUGAAGCUGGGAAGAUUCUAACAAGGGGUCCUCAUACAAUGCUUGGAUACUGGGGUCAUAUUCCUAGCAAGGAUCUGGAGGAAGGUUGGUUUGACACAGGUGAUGUAGGACAGAUUGAUGAGAAUGGUAAUCUUUGGCUGAUGGGACGCAACAGCGGUAGAAUCAAGAGUGGAGGCGAAAAUGUCUAUCCUGAACAGGUGGAGUCUAUUGUAUCGCAACAUCCCGGUAUAUCUGGAGUCAUUGUUUUAGGCCUUCCAGACCCUCGCUUGGCGGAGAUGGUCGUGGCGUGUAUUCAACUGAAAGACAAUUGGAAGUGGAUUGAAAGCAACUCUGUCAAUGAAAGAUCAGAUCACUGCCUGUCCAAAGACAUCCUUCAGAAAUUUUGUAAAGAGAAAAACUUGACAGGGUUCAAAAUUCCCAGGGGUUUUAUUCUGUGGACAACUCCAUUUCCAAUGACAACAACAGGAAAAGUCAAGAGAAAUGAACUGAAGAAAGAAGCUCUGUCCCGGUGGCCGAAACAGGAACCUACGUCAUCAACCUGGCCAUCAGUAUCCAGUAAUCUAUAA